AUGGACCGACUUGGUGGGCGGAAGGACAAUGAAGAUGUCCUUCCCUUCUACCAAAAAUCCCCUGGCCAGGGCACCUUUGCGACUCUCGAAGAAAUCGAACAGUCGCGGUCCGGCUGUAACACGCCGCGACACCGCAUUACGUCUGCGGAAUCAAGAGGCGUGGCCGAUGACUUCUCCUACAUGACCCCCGCCGAAGCCGCCAUCCACCUCGACACCUCUCUUACACACGGCUUGACUCCGGCCGAAGCCCUCUCGAGACUACACGAUUACGGCCCAAACGAGAUCCCCCACGAGGACCCCGAGCCUCUCUGGCUGCGAUUCGUGAAGCAGUUUCAAGAGCCUUUGAUCCUCCUUCUCCUCGCCUCUGCCGGUGCGUCUAUAGUUGUCGGAAACGUCGACGAUGCCGUCAGUAUCUCGGUUGCCGUCACCAUCGUUGUGAGCGUGGGCUUUAUCCAGGAAUAUCGUUCGGAAAAGUCCAUCGAGGCACUCAACCACUUGAUUCCUAAUCAUGCGCACCUGGUACGGAAACACACCGGAGCGAAACCCGUUGAUGGCGACGAUUCCUCCGACAUUGGCGAUGUUGCUGGCUCGGUUACACCCCCCGAAGAUGUUCUGGAUGCGAAAUCAUCCAAGGUCAUGGCUGCACAGUUAGUGCCUGGGGAUCUGGUUCUCUUCACAACCGGUGAUCGGAUUCCUGCCGAUAUCCGAGUCACUAAGGCUACGGACCUUACAGUCGACGCGUCCAACCUCACUGGAGAAAAUGAGCCCGUCAGAAUCAUCGCCGAAGCCCGUACUCGUGGCGGAGCCCCUGGUCCCGCCACCGACAAAGAUAACUCGACCAACGUUGUAUACAUGGGCACACUUGUGAAGUCCGGAUAUGGGCAAGGUGUUGUCUUUGCUACAGGAGGAAACACGCAUUUUGGAACCAUCGCAACUAGUGUAUCUGGAACCGAAAGCCCUCGCUCGCCUCUGCAACUGUCUAUGGACGAUCUCGGCUCUCAGCUCAGCAAGAUGUCUUUCGUGAUCAUUGGUCUGAUCUCUCUCGUUGGUUGGUUGCAAGGAAAGAAGCUCCUCGAAAUCUUUACCAUCUCCAUUUCUCUGGCAGUGGCGGCUAUUCCCGAGGGCCUGCCCAUUAUUGUCACUGUUACUCUUGCUUUGGGUGUGCACCGCAUGGCAAAGCAUAACGCCAUUGUGCGCAAGAUGCCCAAGGUUGAGACCCUAGGAUCUGUAAAUGUUGUGUGCUCAGACAAAACCGGAACCUUGACCAUGAACCACAUGACUACUGCCAAGAUGUGGUUUUUCGGCACCGACGACGCUCUGGACGUGGAUUCUGACGAUGAAGCUACCGAGACCAAACCCGACCCCGCCACUCUUAGAAUCCUUCGUAUCGGUAAUAUCGCCAAUAAUGCCCGUCUUGCCAUGCAGUACACCGAAAACGGUGCUGGGGCUCGCGCGGUCCUCUCUUCUACCCAAGGAAAGAAUGCCCCAUCGACGUAUACUCGUUGGGUCGGCCAGCCCACAGACGUCGCCAUGCUUGACUUGCUUGAUCGCUUUAAGGAACACGAUGUUCGCGACUCCAUCGGUCCUCGCGUGAGCGAAACUCCCUUCAGCUCCGAGCGCAAGUGGAUGGGUGUUACUAUCGGCUCGGAAGGAGGAAAGUCGGACAAGGAAUUUGCCUACAUCAAGGGCUCUAUCGACAAGGUUCUUGAUGCGUGCGAUACCUAUCUCUCCAAGGAUGGCCGGGAAUUUGUUAUGGAUGCCAACAGACGCCAGGAAGCGAUCGAAGCCGCCGAGAAGAUGGCCUCGCGAGGUCUCCGUGUUUUGGCUUUUGCUAGCGGUUCUGUCACCAGAUCCGCCAAGAACAAGUCGUCUGCCACGAGCACUGUCGAAGAACAAUACAAGGGUCUUACCUUUGCUGGUUUGGUUGGCAUGAGCGAUCCGCCGCGUCCCGGUGUUUCCAGGUCUAUCAGGAAGUUGAUGCGUGGCUCUGUCAAGGUCAUCAUGAUUACGGGUGAUGCCGAGACGACGGCCGUUGCGAUUGGAAAACAGCUCGGUAUGAGUGUUGCUACCCCAACUGAGGGCGCGCCCAACACUUCAGGUGUCAGAUCUGUUCUGCGCGGAGAUGAGAUUGAUUCCAUGACGGAAGCAGAGCUGGCUGCGGCCAUGGACCAUACCACCAUCUUCGCUCGCACGAACCCCGACCACAAGCUCAAGAUUGUCAAGGCUCUGCAGUCUCGUGGUGAUAUUGUCGCCAUGACGGGUGACGGAGUCAACGACGCUCCCGCUCUCAAGAAGGCUGAUAUCGGUAUUGCCAUGGGCAAGCACGGAACCGAUGUCGCCAAGGAGGCGGCCGACAUGAUUUUGACUGACGACGACUUUUCUACUAUUCUUCAUGCCAUCGAAGAGGGCAAGGCCAUCUUCAACAACAUCCAGAACUUCUUGACAUUCCAGCUCAGCACGAGCGCUGCUGGUUUGUCUCUUGUGCUGCUCUGCACCUGCUUGGGUUACAAGUCGCCGCUCAAUGCCAUGCAAAUUCUUUGGAUUAACAUUAUUAUGGACGGCCCUCCUGCACAGUCUCUGGGUGUUGAGUCUGUCGAUAAGGACGUCAUGAACCGUCCUCCUCGCCGUAGAGGCGAUGCAGUUCUCACCAACCCUCUUAUUGCCCGUGUGCUUACCCAGGCUUUCAUCAUUAUGGUCGGUACCAUGCUAGUGUACAAGCACGAAAUGUUGGGGGACGGACAGGUCACCCGUCGCGACACCACCAUGACCUUCACCUGCUUCGUUCUCUUCGAUAUGUUCAACGCCCUGGCCUGCCGGUCGGAGUCUAAAUCCAUUCUUCGCGGCGAGAUCGGGCUGUUCUCAAACGCGCUGUUCAAUUGGGCCGUCUCGCUCAGUUUGGCAGGACAGUUGCUUGUUAUUUACUUCCCGUGGCUGCAGGAAGUUUUCCAGACUGAGGCGCUCGGGCUCCUUGAUUUGGUGUACCUGAUGUUGCUAUGCAGUACAGUUUUCUUUGCUGAUGAGCUUAGGAAGUGGUGGAAGUACGGGGGAAGGAGACAUAUGGGUGUUAACUACAGCCAGGCUGUAUGA